CAAAUAUAAACUGUUUAUGUCAUUAACGUAUUUUUAAUAUAAAGUUCGUGUUUUUUUGCUUUAUCAAAAAGCUAAUAAGUUAAUUAGCCGUUACAUAUUCAACGAUAAACAUUCACAAUGAAUAUCCACAAGCUGUUCGAUUACAAAGAGUACGUGAAUGUGAACGGGAUGAUGUUCACCGACGAGCUGAUAUGUUUGCUGCAGAACUCCUUGACUCUGCUGCAAGUGGAGAAUCACUUCCUGAACAUGCAGUACUGGGGCCAAAUAUACGCCGUGGACAAUGACUACCACAUCGCUGUGGGCAUCAACGCAGACGCCGUGGCCGACAGAAAGUAUUUUUACACCACAGACUUCAAAUUCUGGGGCCUCUUACCCAAAUCGAAGAAGAAAUAUAAGCAGCUAAGUUUGCUUACCUCAUUCCCAUUUAGAGGCGAACCAUCUAUGAAGACGAAAGUGUUGGAUGAAGCGUUAGAGGAGAACCACCCCGACAGGUGCACGAUCAUGAAAGAAGAGAGUCGCCUGGCUGCCACGAUCAGCAUCAUAUCGGAGGAAGCCGAGGUAUGUGCUCGAGGGCAGCUGAUCAAGCAGCCGAGUGGCACAGUCGUGCUGAACCCGAACUUCUACGGCCUGACAGCAGCAGAAGCAAAGCAACUCAAGUCCUACCUCCACAUCAGACCAGCUCAGCAACGCUGGAACACAAACCUGCUCACAAGACAAGACUACAACUACAGCAUGGAUUUCCUCGAUUCUAUAGACCAAGAUAUUCCAAGUGGCUGCUGGAAUCUGUCGAUAGAACAAGCAGGAUCCAUGGUGUAUUUGAAAAGCCUGUACUGGCCCGGAAUGAUGUAUUUCCAUAAAGUUAGAACAGCUGACGCUGGUUUCCUCUACGUCGGCAACGGACGCAAAAAUUUAGAUGUACCUUUCCUACUUUAGUUUGUUUAUGUUUUAAUUUAAAUUUUGUUCACAUUAUGAGUAAAUGUUAAAAUGUGCUAUUUUACACA